UAUAUUUUAGUACCUUUUCUGACAAUAGCCUAGUUUUUUCAUAGUUUUUAUUAACGUGUGUGUUAGACAAAUAAUUUUGAGAAACCGAAUCGUUUUUUUGUAAAUUCUUGAUCAUUUUAGGUCAGUGUGUCGUACUUUAAAAGAACUAUACGCUUAAACUAAAAAGUAUGCCAUCAGUAUACACAUUCUCCCGCAGCGACAAUGAGAUCAUGCAGGAGUUGCUCCGAGUGUUCAGUUCUGGUCGGGGCACGGCUCGGGAACAGUGGAGCAUGCAGGCGGAGCUGCUAGUGGAGCCUGUCGGAUGGGAUGCCUUGUGGAAACUGUCCAAAGAUUUCUGUAAAAAGUUUGAAGUGAGAUUCCCCUGCAUUGCCUACAUCACAGUGACCUCAGUAGACUUUGAGAACCUGUCCGCCUGCGUAGAUGUGCUGAGCGUACAACAUGAGUCUGUCUCUCUGCCGGAGAACAUCGUGGAUGUGCCGCUUAUAGAACUGUGGCCGACCAUGAAGCAGAGAGAACAGUGUAUUAAUGCUGCCACUACGGCUGAGUUUAUUGAUUUAUUGAGAUUCUAUUACAACGACAUCUGGAUGCCGUGGGACGAUGCAGACGACAAGGUUCUACUACCAAACACAAUAGAAGAACGCAUGCAACUCUGGUCUGACAUGCACAACGGUAGCAUACCGAACUGUGUGGCCCGGUCCAUCACGCUGCUGAGGAACAGUGCCAUAGAUGCCCAUGAGAAGCUCCGGCAGCUGGACUCCUCGCUGUGUGAGGGGGACCUGGCUAAUGAUGAUGACUCCCUUCUUCCCCCGAACUACAUAUCCUUAUGCGCGGAGAUGAACGCCCGGCUCGACGGCCUCAUGUCCAAGUGGACGCUAUACGAGAACUCGCUCAUCAGAGAACAGUACCUCGCUAAGGAACGCUCUAAGUGGCAGAAGAAUAAGAGUAAGAAGAAUGUAGUAGCCCUCUGGCAGGGCGGCUCAGUGUUCGAGUUCGGCGAGAUAUCGAAGUUCCUGGUCUCCCACUUGACCAACGAGUAUACUCUGAGCGUGAUGACGUCACCGGAGGACGCCCUGCUGCUUGAGCCUGAGGAGCUGGUGGUCUGCAGCAGCAGCUACCAGCUGCCUGAAGUGCCGCUGUCCAAUAUUAAUAUUACGAGUUUUAAUGGCGCCACUCUCCACGCAUCAGACAUGCGUUCCUGCCUCCUCAUGCUAUCCGACGACUGUCGGCUCCGAGAGCUGACGUUACAGUGUGCUUCAGUCAACACGGUCAUUGUGAUGAGAGCAGGAACUUUACAUAUAGCUCGCUGUAAUAUUGCUGACCAGUCUAGCAGUUCACAGAGUGACUUCGCACAGGGUUUGGUCGCGAUGGCUGGAGCAAAGAUUCUUAUUGAAGAGUGCACGUUUGAUAACUUUUACUCUGGAAUCGUCGUACAUAAAGGAGCUCAGGUGGAACUAAGAAACUGCACGAUAAAGAACUGUGGAGUAGGCAUACAGAUGUACGCCGGCUCUCAGGUGGAGCUCAACGAGACCGUCAUCGCCAAGUGCUCGGAGCAGUGCAUCCGAUGUGAGAUGGACACCACUGUCGAAGAAGGCGAUAAACUUGCUAACCUUAAUGGCGUCGAAGGAUUACUAGUACAUGCAAACUGCAAAAUCGGCUCCGGUAAGCUACAGAAUGAAGUUUUAGUGGUCCAACAAGACGUAAAUAUAUGAAAAAUACAUAUAAUUUAUAACACAGCA